UGUCUGGUUGUGCGGCACCGCGUGUUGUCAUGAUGGUGGAAGCCCUUCUGCCUCCUCUGUUGUUACUCCUGGCAUCCUUCACAGGCGUGUGUCCCUGGAGAACCAGACAGACAUAUGUCCGGGCCGGUGAAAUGGUGGUGCUGUACUGCAGCCAUGACCGUCAUGGUGAUGCCAAAGUGAUCUGGACCAGUUCCAGCAGCCAGGAGAGGGACCUGGCCGACAUGUCCUCAGCUGAGCAGACGCAGUUGGGGUUGCUGGUUCGUGGGAGGAGUCUUGUGAUUCUCAACGCUUCUGUCAACAACCAGGGGAAUUACUCAUGCUCUCCGGGCAGCCGGCUCUGGUUCAGCCUCAUCGUAUGCACACCGCAGUCCAGAGAGUGUGAGGAGAGGACCCAGUACCCUCACAUAUGUUACAGACAGGAGGCCUGCACAUUGAACUGUCCCGAGGUAAACAUACCUGCUGUGAGCAUCACGAAUAUUACCAGCAACGGCAUCAUAUGGAACAAGCCAAAAGACGGCUACUUCUCAAGUGUGGAAGAGAAUGACCACGGUGUAUACACCUGUACCAGGUCUUACCUGUAUCGUAGACAAGAAUAUCACAUGACCUUUACAGUGGUGCUUCAAGUCAAACCGAAGGAAAAAAAAAAAGUCCCAGUGAUCACUUCACCACGCAAUCGUGAUGUUUUUGAGGUAGAUUUGGGCGCAACACUGGUGGUUGAUUGCAAAGCCGUUAUGUAUGCAGACUUAGACGACGUGUUGUGGUUCCACGGGAAAUCAGAGGUGGAAACAAACAACAGCUUUCCUGUUUUCUACAAUUACACACGGGAGGUUAAAGGUGCAGAGAUAAAGAUGACAGCAUCUCUAGUCUUCAAAAAGGUGUCAGAGGAGGAUUUAUCAAAAAGUUACACCUGUAGACUGGAUGCUGUAUCUGGAUCCUCAAGCUUCGUCACCAUCACGUUGGCCCAAAAAGCUCAUCCUUCUUACGUCUCCCUGGCUCUCGCCGUUGUCGGUGUUAUGGUGGUGAUGGUCUUGGCAGUAGUUAUCUAUGUGAGGUUCAAAAUGAAUAUCACUCUUUUCCUAAGAGACACUCUUGGCUGCCACAGCAGCAUCUCAGAUGGAAAGAGCUAUGAUGCCUUUGUGAUGUGUUACAAGAGCGACACAGACGCAGGACUGAAUGAAGAUGACAGAAAAUGCCUGGAGAGUGCUUUGGAAGAGAGGUUUGGUUACACUCUCUGUCUUUAUGAUCGUGACGUCUCACCAGGGAAAGCCGCAGCGGAGGCCGUGCUGGACUGUAUCGAGCAGAGUCGGGCGGUGGUUUUGGUUCCCACCUCCCCAGAUCCUGGACCGGGAUCGGGCCUGCUGAGUGCCAUCCAUGCAGCCCUCGUGGAGCGGCAGACUCGCUUGAUUUUCAUCCAAACGGAGACAACAGAAGCGACAAGGUCUGGGUCCUUACCGGAGGCCUUACAGCUUCUUGGCGAGGCUGGAGACUGUGUCACGUGGAAGGGCAUGAGCUCCAUGCCGCAUUCUUCCUCCUUCUGGAAGCAGCUACGGUAUCACCUGCCGGCCCCGAGGGAGGCAUCAAACAUCAAACGUGAAACUUUUACCUGCAGCAAUCUCGGAUGUUACCUCAUGCCAGAAUGAAUAGCUGUUAUUAUAUCUCUUUUCAGUGUAUGACUUACAGAUACAGAAUAACACAAAUGGAUACUAGGAAAAUAUAUUUACUGCUGUAGACGGUCAUGUUUAACAUUUACCUUUAUUGUUGUAAUAUGUCAAUGGAGCAUCUUGCAUUGUUAAAUUGACGUGUUUCCACGUGUUUCCUUUUUACUAUGAAAGCUGAUGCAAAGACAUGUAACAGAAUUAUGAAUUUAAUGUAAAAAUGUGAAGUUGCUUCUGGUCACAACAAUAUUUACUGUCACUGUCACUGACAUCCAGAAAUGUUCCACUAAUGUAUUCUCAUGAAAGUGAGGGUGUUGCUUUUCACAGGGGCUCAUUGAUUAAAAUCCCCCAUAUAUAUUCAAAUGUAGUCACUGGAUUUCUCUUCUAUAUUAUUAAACAUUUAUUCACAUA